ACACGUUCCACUUUAUUUAUUUUUACAACCGUUACCAACUUCAUGCCAUAAAAAUUUACCAUACCAUCAUACCAAUACCACAUUUUCGUCAUAUCUUGCAAUCACACGAUUUUGUGUAUAAAUUCUUUAUAUUCAUACAAAAAAAUAUAUUUUCUAUUUCAAUCAUGUCCGAUUGGGAUACAGUUACGGUUUUACGUAAAAGAGCACCAAAAGCUUCAACUCUCAAGACAGAAAGUGCUAUAAAUCAUGCACGUCGUCAGGGUGUAGCAGUCGACACUCAACAGAAGUUUGGCGCAGGGACUAAUAAACAACAUGUCACCACUAAAAACACUGCCAAGUUGGAUCGUGAGACUGAAGAACUGAAACAUGAUAAGAUUCCACUUGAUGUUGGUAAAAUCAUUCAGCAAGGCCGCAAUGCAAAGGGUCUCAGUCAGAAGGACUUGGCCACGAAAAUCUGUGAAAAGACUCAAGUAGUGACCGACUAUGAAGCUGGACGUGGAAUCCCAAACAAUGUUAUUCUCGGUAAGAUCGAGCGUGUGAUUGGAUUAAAAUUACGUGGAAAGGAUCGAGGUCAACCGCUGGCGCCUCCUGGUAAAAAGUGAAUCGCAGUCAACCAGCAUGCUGGCAUGAAAUAAUCAGGGGGCGAAUAAAAACAACCAUUUAUUUUGAUGAAAAAAAAAAUAAAAAUAAAUAAAAAAAGAA